AUGGUCAGACUCGGCUUCCUUUUCGCCCUAGUUGGCGUUGCCUCAGCCGCCCCGGCUCCGGAGCCCGUAAAUGCUCUCAAUCGCCGGGCCGCUUGGCCAAAUACUCCCUUCCACGUCGAUGGCCGUUAUACCAAGGAUGCCUCGAAUAACACUGUCACCUUUGCCGGCAUCAACUGGCCCGGCCACGGCGAGGUCAUGAUUCCCGAGGGUCUGCAGUACCAGAGCAUCGAGACCAUCGUCUCCAAGAUCAAGAGCACUGGCAUGAACGCUGUCCGCUUGACUUAUGCCAUCCAGAUGAUUGAUGAGAUCUACGACAACGGGAGGGACGUCACUCUCGAGAAGGCCUUCACCCAGGGUCUUGGUGACGAGAACGGCACCAUAGUCAUGAACCAGUUCAUGGCAAAGAACACUCAGUUUUCACCCCAGUCGACUCGUCUUCAGGUCUACGAUGCCGUGGCAGCCGAGUUGGCUCGCCAGGAGAUCCACAUCCUGCUGGACAACCACAUGUCCACCGGCAAGUGGUGCUGUGGUGCCGACGAUGGCAACGCUUUCUGGGGCGACAGCGACUUCAACACCACACUCUGGGUCCGCGGCCUCGAGUACAUGGCAAAUCAUGGCAAGAACUGGAAGGCCCUGACCGCCAUGUCGCUGCGCAACGAGCCGCGCCAGCCCUCCACCACCAGCCCCGCCUACAACAACUACAACUGGGAUACGUGGUACAAGUACGUGAAGCAAGGCGCCAACGCAAUCAACGCUGCCAACCCCGACGUGCUCGUCUUCAUGUCGGGUCUCAACUACGAUACGACCAUGGCCCCCGUCGUCAAGGGUGAGGUCCUGACGCCCGGCACCUCCCGCUUCUCCUUUGACGACUUCCCCAAGUGGGGCCGCCAAAAGCUCGUCGUCGAGCUUCACAACUACGAGACCAGCCAGACCAGCUGCGACAACCUGGAGAGCAACCUGUACAACAACGGCUUCCAGGCCCUGAACGACACCAGCGUCACCACAUUCCCCGUAAUGCUGACCGAGUACGGAUUCAACAUGGUGGACAACAGCUAUCAGAGCGUCUACGCCACCUGCAUCGCUGCGUACACGCCCAAGCAGAAGGUCGGCUUCUUCAUCUGGGUCAUUGCCGGCAGCUACUACAGCAGACAGGGCACCCAGGACUUCGACGAGAGCUGGGGCGUCCUGAACCACGACUGGUCCGACUGGAGGAACCCUACCUACGUGAAAGAUCAGCUCAUUCCCCAGAUCAGUGCUACUUUGAAGGCAUGA